AUGAGGGACCUUAAUGGCCCAGACCUUCUUCAAAGUGCCCAGCGAAGAAUCCUUCGUGGCCUGUCGCCUCCUGCGCUCCACGGACGCUACUUGUUAUCAGACAACGCUUCGACCUAUAUGCCUCGCAAGCCACCUACCAACGAGUAUACGAUGGCAACGCUUUUCAGUCCGCAGAAGUGCUAUGGAGUAAGGGAUGACAUUGUUGUGGAUCCAACUGCUUGCUCACGUAGAAGAAUUGUCCAAUAUGAACAGCGCCAUUCACUGACAACCACUAGGGCAAAGGAAACACAGGACGAACUCAUGAACUACACUCUUUUCAGAGCCGAUAAUGUACGACUUAUAGUUAACCGUAUCGAAGGCCACCCCCUCAUGGUCCCGGCAAUCCCUAAGCCAAUCAACAGAAAGUCGUCUAAAUCUGUGCCACCAUCUUUCAUCGGUACUCCGUCGGGAAGGGCGAAUAGAAUAGAGCACUACAAGCAGGCCAUCACCCACCUCCCUUUAUUGCAUAUCCCCAGACACACACAGACCACUACCGCCACCCCAAAGCUCUACGAAGCUUACGACUCUUUGGAAAAUGCAAACUUGAUAAAUUUAUCACUAGUAGAGGACAGGUAG